AUGGAACUCGCCGCCGGUAAAUCCGGCUUCCUCCGAAACGUUGUGGUUCGCUUUUUGUUAUUUUCCCUUCUCGUCGUUGGCGUCCGAUUUGCUUAUGUCAUUACCAUCAGAGGCGAAUCCUGCAGCUUCGGCGAUGAUUUCUGUUUCUUCUCUUCAACCUCGCCGGAAAAUCAAAACCUGGUCACCGCAGCCGGAGGACACCUUGACUCAUCCUCUUCCGUGACCCUCAACCCUAUCGCCGCCGCCACGCCAGAGGUCCACAAACGUGUGAUGUUUUAUAUCACCGUGUUUCAGGAUCUGAUCGUCGAUGGGUUCCUUUCGACAAAAUCGAAAUCUCUCUGUGUCGAAACACCCGUCGGUGAAGACGUGUAUGCUCUAAAAGAGAUCGGCGUCGAUGAUUCCGUCGGAAUCUACAAAAAAGCAUCGAAACCUUUAGUAAUCAAUGGGUUAGGGCAUAAGCAUCCUUUUAAGGACAACACAUUCGAUUUUAUAUUUUCCGGUAACGGAGCUUUGGACAGAUCUGACAAGGCGGCGGAGUUCGCGGCGGAGGUUGGACGGACGCUUAAACCCGAAGGGUAUGCCGUCAUCCACACUUCUUCCAUAGAUACAUAUAGUUUCAAUUCUUUCAUUCGUUUAUUCAAUUGUUGCAAGUUCGUACAUUCUCGUCAUAUGGAUGGAUUCGAUCCUGAUAUGCCCCACAUUCAUGAAAUCGUAAUGAAGAAGAUAGUCGACAUCAAAAUUAGGGAAAAAACCGAUAGUAGUGUAAGCAAUCGGUGCUCAGUUCCUGGGUAUAAACAAGAUCUGUUAAAGAAAGCCGAGCCUCUGAUUGAAACAGAACCACUGAAACCAUGGAUUACCCUGAAGAGAAACAUCGAAAACGUCAAAUACCUUCCAUCAAUGGCGGACAUCAAUUUCAAACAAAGGUACGUGUAUGUAGACGUGGGAGCUCGUAGCUAUGGCUCCAGUAUUGUUAGCUGGUUCAAAAAACAGUACCCAAAACAAAACAAAACCUUCGACAUAUACGCCAUUGAAGCAGAUAAGCAUUUCCACGAUCAAUACCAAUCCAAAAAAGGCGUCAAAUUACUACCCUACGCUGCCUGGGUGAAGAACGAGAGCUUGGUUUUCGAGAUUAACCAAACCCCAGGUGAUGAAAACGUUGAGAAAGGAAGAGGAAUGGGUAGGAUUCAGCCUGUGAAAUCUGGUGGUGGGAUUGUGGGCUCUGUUGAUGUUAUUCAAGGGUUUGAUUUUGCAAAUUGGUUGAAGAACACAGUGACAGAGAAAGAUUUUGUGGUGAUGAAGAUGGAUGUUGAAGGAACUGAAUUCGAUUUGAUCCCAAAAUUGAUUGAAACAGGUGCGAUUUGUUUGAUUGAUGAAGUGUUUCUUGAAUGCCAUUACAAUCGGUGGCAGAAAUGUUGCCCAGGUGUGAGGAGUCCAAAGUAUCAGAAGACGUAUGGGCAGUGUUUAGAUCUGUUUAAAUCUUUGAGACAACGUGGUGUUCUUGUUCAUCAAUGGUGGUGA